GGGCUGUGGUCCAAACCGUAGAUUUCACACAGAUAAAAGCAGCUUUGUAGCAAAAUCGUCUGGUGUUUGGGACCAUCCAUACGUCUUUUGAGUUCGGCACGCCCCCUGCAAGCGAAAGCAGUGCAACUCUUACAAGCUCUAAGAAGCUCGGCAGAUGAUUCACAUAAUACGCGCUGCCUACCGGCGUCUCGUUGGGUUCCUUUAUAACUAUCUUGCACCUAGGUUGGAAUGGAAACGCAACCCCUCACCAGGGGCCGCGCCGUUGGAGCCGACGGUAGACCUGCCUGGCGAAGAGCACGUGUGGACAGUGGGCCGGCACGUCCCCGGUGGUCACGGUAGAACGAGUGAAAACGUGCUGAUCGACUUCCUCAAGAACGUGGUCGGGGAACUCGCGGGAAACGUCCCGCUCUUGUCGUCUGCCUUCAGCGUCUUGUGGACCAGCGUGGAGGCAACACUGGAAGAGCAGCUGGACACGUUCUACAAUGAACUUCGGAACGAAGAGAGGGCAGAGUUUGCGUUGGAACUCAAGGACCAGUUUAAAGGCUUGGCACAGGAGUUCCGGGAGUACUGCAAGAUGGCCAUGACGGACCCCCAGAAGCGGGACCAGUUCAACAAGGUUAACACCCUGAUCACACUCCUGCGCAGCCGCCUCGUCCAGUCUGAAAAGUACGAGGCCAUUCGAGACGGUCUUGUCGACUACAAGGCCCUGCCCCUGCUGGUGGCGCUCGGGACUUUCGAGCUGGUUGCGCGCAGGCAGGAGCUCGACCACUACCGGGAGCUGUUCAAAGCGGAUAACCCGUCAGAGCAGGAGAAGAUGAAAAAGCUACGGGACAUACUUAACACCUACCGCGACGAGUGUGCUGAGCGUGUCCGCGCCGUCAUGGCAUGGCGGGAUGGGUUCAUCAAGCAGGAUAGUCGCUACGACUGUGAAAACUUUACCUCCACAUACUGGUACAGGGCAUGGGAUGAGCACGAUACACGGUUUUCGAUAGGUCAGCUCAAACUUCACACGCGUAUCUUUUGGUGGACCUCUGAUUCCAACCCUGAAGCAUUCUUCGAGGUGGAAGCAGCGUACUGCGCGCACCGCAGCUCCGUGCUGACCAAGCUGUCCCAGGAGCUGUGGGCGAUGACGGCUCCCGCGCGGGCAUGGCAAUAUGCCGACCCAGUCAACCCCGGACGGACGGCGGACUACGAGUGGAGCCCUCUGUACGGAACCCAGGCAGACGGCAGCACGCCCUUCGAGGACACGCCCAACGGCCGCCCCAUCACGUCCAUCGAGGUCGGCACGCAUGAGGGCCGUGUGGGGUCGCUGGAGCUCGGCUACCUGUUCGCCCCCGCAGGGGUGCACGGCUGGGACUAUGUGCGGGACCGCGAGGCACAGCGCGAGACCUCCCGCCUGGUCCUGGCAACGGCUGAUCGUGCGAAAGAGCUCCAGACACGCGGCGCGGUCCUGGCGGAG